AUCGGCGCUGCCCGGUGUUCACGGCUCGCCUACAUCACUCCUCCUCUGGUUGAAACUCCACGCACGCUGCGAAGUGAUUCUCAUCUUUUGGUGUAAGCGACACAGAAGCCCCCGGCCCACUAUGGCAGAUGAUGACUUCUCCACCGCAGAUGCUGGGGCCUCGGCUACAUUCCCCAUUCAGUGCUCUGCACUGAGGAAGAACGGCUUCGUUAUGCUGAAAGGACGUCCCUGUAAGAUAGUUGAGAUGUCUACCUCCAAGACCGGGAAGCAUGGGCAUGCCAAGGUGCAUCUUACCGGAAUCGACAUUUUUACUGCGAAGAAGUAUGAAGAUAUCUGCCCCUCCACACAUAACAUGGAUGUACCAAAUGUGAUAAGAAAGGACUAUCAGGUACUUGAUAUCAUAGACGGCUUCCUGACGCUGAUGGAAGACAACGGAGAGACCAGAGAGGAUCUCAGGCUGCCAGACGGAGACAUGGGCAAAGAAAUUGUGAAAAAACUAGAGAGUGGAGAUCAGUUUCUGGUGACUGUGUGGAGAGCUGUGGCUGAGGAGGCCGUGGUCGGCAUUAAGAACAUGACUCCCAUUUAGACCAUGGCGACAGCGGAGACCUGGUAUUCUUGUCUCCCUCUGUGGUUUUAAAGCUUCACCAAAGCUACUGGCCUUCACCACACAUCUCAACCGGCGUCCGACUUCGUUCCUCCGCUCUCCUGCUGUAAGCUGAAAUAGUGGAAACUGGACCCCGUCAGCUUCAGCUGCACUUCACACCAAUUGCUUUCAUAGCACCACUGCGUAGCACAUGCCAGGUACUAAUAGGAGGAGCCUUUGACCAUGCUCCACAAAAUCAUAUCAUUCCUACUCGGGCGCGUUAUUCGCACGCCAGCUAAAUAUCUUCAGUUUCAGUUAAAAAAUAAAAUAAAAAAUCUCAUCAGCUGUAUUGCAGCUCCUCUCAGACGAAAAUCUGUCUCUGUUUUCACUUUGCAUAAACUCCGCAUUAGUCCACUGACUUGGGUUCUACCUUUCCACACAGUUGACGCCCCCCCCCCGGCGCUCACGUUCACACGGCUCGCGCUUCAGCACCUGUGGGUUUUUAUGUAGAUCACAGAGUUUCUUUCUUCUUCUCCACUCGCACUGCAGAUCUGCAGGCAGGUUUUCUACUGCACGUAACCCAAGGUCCCAAGGUCAGUGGGUUUUCCAGCUGACAACUGUGCUGUCUCAGCAGCCCCAAACAGUGCUGGAGCAGACGGAGGUAGGCAGGGUGAGGCAGUUUUCUUCCUCUCUACGCUAUGAAACUUAAUGUUUUUGUUUGUUUGUUUUUUUAUCACUUGAGGCCUUCACAAGCUGGCAAACAUAUGGAAACAUAACAAAUUGCUGUUAAAAUUACACAGAAAUGUUAGCAAAUCUUUCCUAAAGCAAACUGCAUCAGCAGAAGAUGAGAUCGAAAUGUGUAGCAAAAAAAAAAGAGGAAAUGACGUUUUUAGACUUGCAUGAUGCAUCCAUAGUUAAGCGCAAGCGAAGGAAUAUAACGUCGCUGCUUGGCGACACUAUAUUCGUAGGAAACACUUUAGAGAGUUUGUGUGCAGAGUUUGCACUCUUACUAUAUGACUGCACAGAGACUCUCCUGGAUUUAUAUAAAAAUAAUGCUAGUUUUUUUUUCUUUUUUCUUUUUUUUUUUAAUUAUACCGUUAAGGGUGACAGUAGAUAAACGCAGGACAUUUGAGUCUCCUGCUGAACAGUGCUUUGGAGAUAUUUAAAGCUUUUUCACAUUACAACCUCAAGGUUUAGUAUGUUUUUGUUGUUGUUUUUUGGACAGAGUGAGUGGACUUUUGCGAGGUGCUGGAUCCGUUUGGGUGCAAGAGAACCUGCUUUUACCCCUACCUCCUGAUGGAAACCCCAAAAUAAAACUAUCUUCUAAUUGUAUUGAUGAUAUCUUGGAAGCAGUGUAGCCUAGGGGUUAGCUUUAGUUGUUGUUUACAGUGAUUUACUGAUGGAAGCAUGAAAACGUUUCGAAGGAGUUUGUCUCCAUCGCUCGCAUGUGUUCAGAAGAGACAGAUUGCUGCCAAGAGUGAGACGUGGGAAUGACGCGUUUACAUCCAGAGAACGUUCUCCUGCUGCACGAGAAGGAAUAAAAGCAAUACUUUGAGGUACUUUUAAAGUUUUCCACCAUUAACGCCGUUUUUAAAUCCUCUUUAAAAGUUUUGAGGUAACUGCUUUCUGUAGCAGAAUCCCUCCAUCCCUUAGAACGGGUGAGGAAAAUGUUUACAUGACGCUUAUUGACAUCAGCUCACUGCUCAAAAGUUGAUCAUAAAUAGAUUUAUUUAUUUUUUAAUUUGUGUAAAGAUGCAGAUUGUAAUGGGGCAUUUGAAGGUAUUCUGUUCAGUUUUUGUACAACAGCAGCCGGUCUGUUACUUUUGUCUGGGCUUCAGGCAUCCUAACAUAUUUGAUUUUUAGUCUAGUUUUUCUUUUUUUAUUCCACCAAAAUAGUUUGCUAUAUAUGUAUUUUUUUUUAUUUGGGAUCACUCUAGGUUAGUUUCUUUACUUGCAUAACAUUCUAUAAGGAAUCAGUUGUUUAAAAAGUGGCUUUUAGUUGGAAGCACCAGUUUGAUAUUUGUAAAUAAAUCAGAGAAGUUAUGUCUAUGAGCCCUCAUUCUAAACUUUGCAAGACGAAUAACUUGUACAGAUGUUAAUUAAGCACUGUCUAGCACUUUGCUGUGUCCGAUUUUAUUUUAUUUAUUUGUUCUUUGUGCGUACGUGUGCCUGUACAAAAAUAAAAGUUUUGCCUCUUUAAAAAUGUAUUACAAAUUCCUAACAUCGAAGUAACUUCUAUUCUCAUGUCUUCAACACAUUUGUGCUCAUCUGUGUAUAUGUAAGGAAGUAGAUUUUUGUUUGUUUCAUUGCUUUCAUUUAGUCUCUUUUACCAGACGGUUCCAUCAUUCAGCCGUAAAGACAAGCGUCUCGUUAAGCUGCCUCCAAGUAACUAAAAAGCCAAUCUGGACUUCCAGGAGUUAAGCUAACUUUGUGAAUCAUCUAGAACACUGCAUCAAAUGUUUGUCUUUUAGUUGAUAAAGCACAAAGGCGGCAUACAACAUCCUAUAAAAAAAUGUGACUAUUAUUUGUUUACGCAUUUUUUUAACAACCAAGACAGAAGACGCAGUUCCUACAGAAAAAAAACAAAAGCUCCUUCAGAUCAUUCAUUCAUUCUGAUUAACAGGUAUUGCUAUUCAAAUUUAAGGUCCCCAACAUGGAAUGGAAUGUUUUCUAUUUAAAGCACUCGGCGUGUCAGAAAAGCCUGCAUGAACAUCACGACAUGAACACGGCGGUGUUACACGUCUUGCGUGUGACUCGGGUGAAAGCUGCGAGUUGCAAACCAAGGCUUUUGGGUAAUCGCAGAGCGCGCUGUAAAAGGACACGAGUCCUGCAAUCCUGACUGAUUGAGUUGCAGAUUAUUUUGCUUUGGAUAGGGCUACUUCUAUUUGUCAAAGCAAACCUGGUUCAUAUGUGUGUUUUGAUCAUAACAUGCUGUAUCUGACAGUGGAGAAUAGGCAACCUGUGCUGGUGUGUUAUAAAUGUUUGCCGUUUCCAGUGGGGGAAAAUGGCCAUUUGCCUGCUUUGGAAAAUAAUAUUUGGAUACCUAUUUUCUCUAUUCUGACUAAUGUUUGGCUGCUGUCCUGAGAAUACUCUCUUUUUGUUGUUUUGCAAAAUAAAGUUCAUUCAGAUGUCCCA